GCUUUUCAAGAAAAUCGAAUCUAAUCACUCACUUGAGAGUUCAUACAGGAGAGAGGCCUUAUCAUUGUUCAGAGUGUUUAAAGACCUUUUCCAGCAAGUCACAACUUAAUAGUCAUUUAAGAGUUCAUACAAGAAUGAAACCGUAUCAGUGUUCAGAGUGUCUAAGGACCUUUUUAAGCAAAUCUCGACUAAUAACCCACUUCAGGGAACAUACAGGAGUGGAACCUUAUCAGUGUUCGGAGUGUCUAAAGACCUUUUCAAAAAAAUCAAAUCUAAUGCACAUGAGAGUUCGUAUUAGAAAGAAGCCAUUUCAUUGUUCCGAAUGUCUAAAAGUCUUUUCAGAAAAAUCAAAUCUAAUACAACACCUGAGAGUUCAUACAGGAGAAAAACCAUAUCAGUGUUCAGAGUGUCUAAAGGUUUUGUCAGACAGAUCAAGCCUAACACAGCACAUGAGGGUUCAUACAGGAGAGAGACCUCACCAGUGCUCAGAGUGUCUGAAGGCCUUUUCAAUAAAAAAAGAUCUAAUAAGGCACCUGAGAGUUCAUACAGGAGAAAAACCAUAUCAGUGUUCAGAGUGUCUAAAAGCUUUUUCGAGUAAAUCACAUCUAAUCCGCCACUUGAGAGUUCAUACAGGAGAGAAACCUUAUCAGUGUUCAGAAUGUCUAAAGGUAUUUUCCCAUAAAAGUGAUCUAACAAAACACUUGAGAGUUCAUACAGGAGAGAAACCAUAUAAGUGUUCUGAGUGUCUAAAGUGUUUCUCAGACAAAUCAUAUCUAACAAAGCACCUGAAGGUUCAUACUGGAGAGAAACCAUAUCAAUGUUUAGAGUGUCUGAAGUCAUUUUCCCAUAAAAGUGCUUUAACAAAACACUUGAGAAUUCAUACAGGAGAGAAACCUUAUCAGUGUUCAGAGUGCUUAAAGGCAUUUUCCCAAAAAGGUUCUUUAACAAAACACUUUAGAGUUCAUACAAGAGAGAAACAACAGGCCACCAGCUCUCUUCAAGAUGGAGCUUGAUAAAUAUCUCAAGUUAGCUCCCAAGCCCCUGGGUUAUAGUGCCCCACAUUGAACUGUAUGUAGCCAGCACCAGUAGCCUAAUAGAUCAAGAGGUCUGGUCUUUGGGUGGUGAUUCUAAAAAUUAGCUUUGAUAACCUUCAGGUAUUAACCCUUACACUGUCAGUCCUGUAAUAUUAUGGCUUUGAAGCCAACGUUGGUCCCGAAAUACUAUGCUAAAAUUCUAGCGGCUUCCAGUCUUGUAGGAGAUAGCUGGUAGGCCUAGUUACAACUAGCCUUAUGUUGUAACAAUGGGGAAAUAAUGGCUCCUUAUGUUCCUUCCAGUUUUUAUUUAAUACAUAUAUCAAGUCUCUUGGUAUCCAGGAAGCAAGUUAAAAUUGCAAUCCCCUAUUCUCAGGGAUGUGGUACUAUACAGCGAAGAACAUAAUUCUAUGUUCGAGUUCUUAUAAAUUAUAAAAACCCCACACCAUAAAUAAUUUACCAAUAAUAAC